UAUAGGACAAACGUAAAGGAAGAAACGAGAGUAGAAGUAUAAACUUGCUUCUCAAUCGUCCUUCGCUUCGCUGUUCUGUUUACAGUUGCCGAAACCUUGCGCUGCAAGGAAAUCUCUUUGUUAGGUUUUUUAAUUCGAUUUCAUACAGUUUCUGAAUUCGUGCAAGCCGAUUCUGUAAUUCGUCCUGCUCGAAUCAGAUUUAUUUCGACUUCAGAAUUUCGGAUCUCCAAAAGUGCAGAGCAGAGAACGAAUGCUAUUGGGCAAAGGUUGAAUAUAUGAAAAUCUAGACUCUAGAGGAAUCAUUACUGACGAUUAAUAAGCCUACCCCAUGACAUCAAGAACUUUGAGGAGAAGACUCCAUCAUCGUGAUGUUGAUGGGAAAAAUCAUGAGCAUUAUGAGGCAUCGCAGUUCAAUGACUUGAAUGAACCUCUUUUAGGGAAUCAUAAAUAUGAUGAUAGUUUCUCUCAAGAAAAGACCCCUGAAGAUCUUUGGGAUGAUGAACAAAGAAAAGAACACCUACACUGGACAUUUUAUUUCUCACAAUUAAUUGCUCAGUGGGCACAGUGGUUAGCAAACAUUGUCCUUGGAUCUGGAUCAAUGCUUGGAAGGAUUUUACCUCUUCCUUCCAACAUUAAUUCUAGACAAGACAAGAGGAAUGUUCCACUUUUUCUUAGUCCUUUACAAGAAGAAAGGCUCAGAAAUCUACAGCAUAGGUUGGAAGUGCCUUUUGAUGGUUCUUGUGUGGAACACCAAGAUGCACUCAAAGAACUGUGGGAAUUGGCUUAUCCUAAUAGAGAACUCCCAUCUCUAAAAUCAGAGCUUUGGAAGGAGAUGGGCUGGCAAGGUUCAGAUCCUUCAACAGAUUUUAGGGGUGGUGGAUUUAUAUCACUGGAGAAUCUUAUCUUUUUUGCCAAAAAAUAUCCGGAUUCGUUCCAGAGUCUAGUACACAAGAAAGAAGGGAGGAGAUCUGAGUGGGAGUAUCCCUUUGCUGUGGCUGGUAUCAAUAUAUCUUUCAUGUUGGUACAAAUGUUGGACCUACACUCAGGAAAACCAGCUUCUGUGGCUGGAAUCCGGUUCUUAGAGCUGCUAAGUGAAGAUGAAAUGGCUUUUGAUAACCUGUACUGUGUAGCAUUUCAAAUGUUGGAUGCUCAAUGGCUUGCAAAGCGUGCUUCUUAUAUGGAAUUCAAUGAGGUUCUGAAGUCUACGAGAACGCAGUUGGAGCGUGAACUUGCACUUGAAGAUGUCUCCAGUGUGAAGGAAUUACCGGCAUACAACCUGUUAAAGAGAUAGCCGAAUCCACAUUGGUGAAAUCCAUCGUCAAUCUGUUCUAUAAAGGUUUGCAUGAAUUCCUUAUAGAUACAUGAUAUCUCGUAGCAAAUUAUAUUUAUAACAAAGUGAAGUUGUAGAAAAGAAGAGGUUGAAUUCUCUAACCCUACAUCCCCUUUGUUCACUAUUAACCAUCCUUUAAUUAUCGUGUCUAAACAUAUAUAUGGAUAUCAUAUCUCCCUUGGACGCCCUUCCAGUCUCCUAUUUGGGAUAUCCUGCCAUUGGAUUCUGGGGUGAAACCCGCUUAUACCAAGUAAUAUCACUUUCUCUAUGUGGAGAUGACUCCCAGAAGUCACUUAAAAAUCUUAUAGCUUUUGUACUUGGUAUAUGCUAAGGUGAGAGUUACAUCAUUUCACUACUCACUAGC